GACAAGUUGAUGUAGGCAUUAUCGCAAAGAAACUGCGCAGCAAUACCUGGCGGACAUUAUUGGCCUACUCUAGCUGCAGCCAGCCGUUCAAUAGUGAACAUAUCAAGCUACCGUCUCCCAAGGAUCGUGUUACUUUUCAACGCGAGAUCAUCAUCCUCAUCUUUUCAAGUACUGGGAAUUCAUGCAGAUAGACGCAAGCUUCAAUCAUCUUAUAAGAUCCGAGAUUUUGAAUCUUUCAAGGAGUCAAACGUGAUACAAGCUGGAAAUGUCUCUGCUUGUUCUUGAAAUGAGAUUCCUCGGUGGCCCUCAAGACUUCAACGAGGUUAAGCAGGAAAUUAGUUGGCGUACUGAAAAAAACCUCGAAUACACCAUCCAAGUUGCACAGGAAUACAGUGAUACAGCCGAGAAGUUAAAAGACUCUGAUCUCCAAACGGAAACUCUAGAGGAAGCAAUUGAACGAAUGGCACAAAAAGCGAAGGACAAGAUCAUCAAAGAAUUUGACGAAGCGACAGUUUGGCUGAAAAAAUACGGAGGACGGGUCAAAAGUGUCUUGGAGUUGGAUGAGCGGCAAGAGUCUCUGUUAGUAGCUUUCAUUGAGAAGUCUAACUCCUACAUCUUGACUGCCGUUACACGUUUUUGCAGUUACAUUAUAGACACAUUGAGGCAAAUGUAUGAAGGCACUGUUGCGGUAAUAGAAGGCACAAAACUGGUUGUCAAGAAAACGAAGGAUUUUGUGGCGAGCCUUAUUUCUGCAAUCAGAAAUUAUUUCCAAUAUAGCAUAGGCAGCACUGGAACGCUUGCCUAGUUUUUGUAAGUACAUGAGUUUCUAGGAAAUCUCAAUCCAAGCGAUGACGUUGGGGACGUUAAACCGACCAGCUUGACUAAAUAGAAUUCAUCCCACCCUACGCGGAAGGGGUAGCAGUCUGUGCACAUUUUGUCCUCACAAAGAUAGAUAGGCUAUUCUGUAUGCUUCCUUAAUACUU